AUGAGAGAGAGAUACUACCGUCUUAAAAUUAAAAGCAAUGAUUGUAAUGAUUUAACAGUUUUUAGUUUCACGAAUAUCAAAUGCACGCCGCUAGAUGAAGAAUUUGCUUCAUUCGAAUAUUGCUACCUAAAGUCGGUGAAUCGCACAUACAAAUAUAUGUCCUUGAAGGUGAAUCUUCUUAAAAGCCCCGUUACAAAAGUCAAGGUAAAUGUUGCACUGAUGCAACGGUUAAGUGGCUAUAAGCCAUUUCUAUACAAUGUUACUGUCGAUGCCUGUAAACUUUUAGGCAAUUAUAAAGCUGCCAAUCCUCUGUUGAAAUAUCUGUCCGGGUUGUUUAUUCCCUUUUCGAACAUGAACCAUUCUUGCCCUUUUAAUGAUAAUAUAAUUGUGGAGAAGCUUCCCAUUGACCAUCUGAAUACACAAACCAAUUUUGUUUUGCCCUUUCCCAAAGGAGAUUACGCCUUCUACAGCAAUUGGUUUGCCUAUGACAUAAAUCGGGCUGAUGUUCGAGUGUACUAUACAAUUUCGUAAAUUUGAUUAAUGUUUUAAUAGGGUUUAAUUAAGUUCUCAAAAGCCUUUCCUUUUUUAUUUUUCU